ACAAUCAGAUGAGUUACGCGCUCGUAUGCCUCAUUGGAUACUAUGUCUGGUACAUCUAUUUCGGUUUGACUUUUUAUAGUUUCAAAUUCUAUGGCCCCCCGUGGGGUACCACUCAUCUGGCACAACUAUUCCAGUUUGAGUUUUUAUAGUUUCAAAUUCUUUGUGCGAACAAGUACAGCUGUACCUGUAGCACGAUGACGAAAUGCUGGAAUAAAAAGUUCAAUGUAAGCACAACAGAACUGAAUGUAAACAAAUCUUCAACAUAGAACAAUUGAAUCGUAACACAUCAGGUAUUUGGUUUUGCAGUGCAGGUACGGCUUGGCCCAACACCUCUUUCGCAACCGUGUAAACAAUGGUCCGACACAGAAUGCAGCGGGUGAUAAUAACGCAGCUUCUGCUGAGCAGGGUCAAACUGUAAAUGCUGCUUCUGGUAAUGCUUGGAACACCUUGUCGACGCCAUUGCUCGACGCACGGCCUGACUUGGAGCGGGGAGCAUCAUCCAGUAGCGCGAUGCCCCAUGCACCUCAACCUUCACAACAAGGGCAUUUUGCAACUCCAUCCUAUGCCAGUGAGGGAUUCUUCAUUCAGCACAGUCCGCGUGACGCCGUCAGCUCCAGCGCCAUGAGUCCUCGAAGUUCCGCGGCCACCAGUCCUCGCGGGGAGCCUUAUUCUUCUGCUUCUGCGAGUCUCGACGUUGGCGCUUCCAUUGGAAGCGGAGUCUCGAUUACGAGUGCUCCAGACUGCCUAUUCUCCGGUCAUGCCGGACGAGCAUCUUCAAAACGAGCAUCACAAACAUCUUUAGGAGGUCCAAUUGGAGGUAUCGAAUGCAAGAAGAGCCCACGACCUGUUCAGAAUUCCAGAGUUCAACUUGAGACACCAUUCGUUCUGCGGAAUUGGAGUAGGACGUCGCACCCAGUCAGCAGUCGCAGCCCAUCUUCAGAAGAGGCGGGACCACACUUUCGCUUGAAUGUUGAAGAAUUAUCCCAACCAGAAAAGGGUGAUUGUCCUCUGAACUUACAACUUAGAAGCAGAACUUCUUGAGAAGAAGGAGGCUGGUAAUUCUUGCUUUUUUUAGCUCCUAGAGUUUGGACACCCAGUACAUUAAGUUGUACUUUUUUUUACCAUUCGACCUACAAGAAUAAACCGGUCGCGUAUCGUGUGCAUGUGUAGAGUAUAAACUGAUUUUAUGAAGAUUGACAAGAUAUAUUUAUACCUCAACAAAAUUCUGGAAUUGGACCCUACCUUGGACCACAUAGAGAAUUUUUCGACUUUAUUCCUCCAGCUGCAUGUAUUGGAUUAUUUUCUUUUCAGUGGAUCCUUUUCAUUGGAUUAGAAUUGGUAUGCUCAACAUAAUUUCAAGAAACUUGAUUUUUUCUGCUAGAAAAUAUCCAAAAGUUAUUUGACCUUUCGCGUUCGCUGUGAACUAGUUGAAGACCAUCCAUGUGUUGUGGCUUUUUGUUUCACGCGCAUAGGUAAACUAGAUUUUGAUUUUUUGUGAUAACUCCUGUCGUCAAAGUAAGGUAGGAUUUCAAAUGGAUUUCGUUUUAGCUGAAUUCCUCUAACUGGAAUCACUCUUCAAGGACAUAUGUUGAUUCGACACUGCCUGAGUACUUUGUUUCUUUAUGAAGAUUGAGUUUUUUGUUUUGCCGUGGGUGGAUUCUGUGAACCAACUACCCUUAUUUUCUCGAUUGCGUCUUUUUUGAAUUGAAAACGAACCAACAAUAAUACACAAUAGUCUUAUCUACAACUCAGGGUGUAGAUUUAGCAAGUUGUUAGAUAGUUCCGCUUUCCUUUGAUUCUUACUUUGCUUUUUCUAUUUAUGCAGCUGAUUCCUGAAGAAUCCUUUGCUAAUUGUUUGUAGCUGAUUCCUGAAGAAUCCUUUGCUAAUUGUUUGUACUACCUAAUUUGAAAGAGACCGCGUUUUUGGCUAUGUUGUAUAGAGCAUGAUGUGCCGCCGAGUCGUGGGUUCUAGCAUCACAGUCUAAGAACCAAGCAGAAAGUAUCUGUUCAAAACUGUGUAGAUGGUUAUUGUAAUAACCAAGAAUAGAAGAAAACUGUGGAGCUCCACGUCCCGAUACCACCUGUUGGAAAAAAUAUCUUCGAAAUCAUCAUCAAACAUCUUCAGCAGCCGCUGAUGUCUGCUAGUUUUCCUAGUGGACCCACACCUAACCUAACCUACAAGGAACAAGAAGAGUUUUUUUGACGAGAGUGUGUUUGUUCGUAACAAGGAGCCCUGGCCGCUGCCUGUCGCAAGCCAGAAAUCUCUUAAUCUUAAUC